GAUAUUAUUUAUGAAAAUGUCUUUAUUUGUAGAAGUGGUAUUUCUAUUAGCAUAUUCAUAUAGUAUGAUUCUGUUGAGAAUUUAUGUAUUUUUGCAUAAUGAGUUUACACAUUGUGACUAUUCAUGCUCAGUACAUCUGACACAACAGGAAGGAAGUUUGUUGCAUGACCAGUAUAUGUGAAAUUGUUAACAUCUGCAAAUCAGGAAAUUUAAGGAAGCUCAAAAGUAGUAAGGGAAAUGACAAACUGAGUCACUUUCUAACUUGCAGCAUUUGUUAUUUAAUACUGCCAGACAGUAAAAGAAAAUUACCUGGUAGAGCAAAACACUCAGCGAUUCCUGCAUAUGACUACAACUACAGGUUCAAGCAUCCUUGUUGCUGCGAACCAAAAUCAAACAAGAUAAACAAGGAGAGUUUUUUCAAGAGGAGAGAAGAAAAUAUGUUUGAUAGUUUUGGACUCAUCUGCAUGAUUGUGAUUCUCAUUCAUCCCUUGCAUGCUGACAUCCAGUGUAUGGAGUCAGAAGCACAGAAAUCACCUAUUACAAAUGUGAAUGUGGACUGGAGAAAAAUGGAACUGUCCUGGGAGAGCAGCAAGAAUUUCUCCACGUAUAAAUGUACCAUCAUGGACUGGCACAUGGAAGACAGAGAGGAAGAGGUGAAUAGUCCACUAUGCAGAUUUCCAGUGGAACUAUACAUGCCUAUGCACAAAGGGGUACUAUUUAUCAUUGAAGUGCCAAACACAAACAUCUCAAAAAAAUGCACCUUUCUCCCUGGAGGCAUGAAUGGGUCAGCCAUUGAAAAUUUCUCCUGUGUGAUUUAUAACAUUUGCCUCAUGAACUGCACUUGGCAGGCAGGAAGGGCUGCUCCAGCAGAUACACAGUAUUUUCUCUACUGGCAGAACUCAAGAGAUGAUGGGGAGAUGGAAUGUGAGUUUUACAUUAAGGAUGAAAAUGGUCGAAACGUAGGAUGUAGAUUCCAAAAUGUGAGGAUAGAGAUUGAUAAAGCUUACUUCGUGGUGAAUGGGUCUAGUAAAGACUCCCUGAUCCAGUUCUAUGAUGAGUACAUUGCACUGUAUAGAAUUGAAAUACUCACUGCUCCAUUAAAUAUCACUGCCCAUUGUACUGGAGAUUCAGCAGGCUGCAUAAUUACAUGGCAUCCACCCCUUACAAGUCAUGUGAAAAAAGUAGAGUGUUUUCAGUAUGAAAUUAGCAUACAAAAUAAGGAUGAGCCCAAAGAAGAGAAAAAGGUUGUAAGAAAUGCCAGAUAUGAAUUCCAAAAUUACAAUGAGAAAAAAAGAUACAUUCUGAAAAUCAGAGCACGUGGAGCAGAAUGUCUCGUAAGCUCAAAGUGGGGGGAAUGGAGUGAACCCAUUGAGUUUGGUCAAGGGAAAGAUUACUUUAUUUUUGUGGUUUUAUUUCUGAUAGCACUUGGAACAAUCUCAGUGACACUGCUCCUGCAUUGUCUUUUCAAAAGGUAUUGCAGUCUCAGGAACAUACUUCCUCCUAUACCACAACCGAGAGACAAAUUUAACGCACUAACCAAUGAAGAUAUCCAGACAGGAUAUGUAAAUCUACCAUCAAAAAGUCAUACCGAGGAAGUAACUAUAGUUGAAGAGAUCACACAGCUUUCCAAGAAGAAAACACGCUGAUUUCCCAGCACAAAAGAAAAUCAUGGAUCCUGCUCAAAAGCACUUCACACCAGCCUAUAAAUGAAUAUAAUCGCCUAUACCCACCUAUGUUGGUCCCAUAAAAAUCCACUUAAAUGGAGCAGGUGAAAAAAGCAGAGAGAAAUCUGUGAAAUUUGUUCUUUGCCCUUUGUUUGAAAAAAAAAUGCCUGGCAGCCACACUUUUUCUGCAAGUGCCUACUUUGAAGACAUGCUUAAACCUUGCUAGGAUGUUCUUCUCAAAUUGAGACAAGGCCUCUUAUCCAGAAGAAACUCAUUUCCUGUCUUCAUUGCUAUGAAACUUCUUUCCUCUAAGGGUUUCCUAUAAGAUGACAGGCCUGCUUAAGAAUGGCACAGUAAUUUUAUCACCUUAUAAUUUUUAUAUGCUCAGGGUUUUUUAUAGCAGAAACCAUUCAAAACGUGUUUAAAAUUGCCCUUUAAUCUUACAACCAGCGAUACCAAAGACAAAAAUGGGAAAUAAAAUUACACUUGUCAAAUGUAACUAUUAAUACUGGUCUGCCAGUCAGCCAUUUCAUGAGCUCAGUACGGCCACUGCAAAUACAGACCUCUGCAACACUCCGAUCUUCUGCACAGGCCUAGUAUGUGCUUAAA